AUGCCGGCGGCGGCCAAGAACAGCGGGGACCGAGAAGUGCCCCGCUUCCUCCGGCCGGUGUUGGUGCUCCUGACGCUCUCGCUGCUGGCGAUCGGCGGGGCCGCGCUUCUUCAGGAGGCCCGCAGACGAAGGGCGGCAGCCGGGGAGGGUUGGGCUGUUGGUGGCGGCGGCGGCGGCGUGGUGCUGUUCGGCCCCGCGGCGUAUGCGGCCGGCGGCGUGCAACUGCCGGAAUCGGUGGUGGACGACAUUUUCGAGCGCGCCGACAAGGACAAGAACGGAGUCAUCGGGGACGAGGAGAUUCAGUAUCUUGUCGAGCGCGCCGGGGGCUCCCUCCUAGACGAUGCCUCGGAGAUCGAGGCCGGCGUGGCGAGCGUGAUCAAGAACCUUGACAGGAACGCCGACCAAGCGCUCUCUCGGUCCGACCUCAACACGUACUGGGACCGGCUGGGAACGCUGCUGACGGUGGACGAGGCCGCCCAGUGGGUGCUGCACGCGGCGCAGCUACCCCAGGAAGUGGCCGACGCCUUCGUCAACAACAUGGUCACUGGCUACGACUUUCCCGAACUGGCAGCACGCCAGGGCGCUUUGUUGGAGCAAGACCUCGACAUCACCCGGCCGGCCUUCAAGCGGAAUCUGGUCCGCAGCAUGCAGUGGAAGCUGUGGGGCAUGGGCGAGGAGCCCGCGGCCCCCGCGGGGCUCCGCGCGACGAGCUCCGCCUGCGGCGCGGCGAGCCUGGAGUGGGACCAGACGUGCCCGGCCAACAGCGAGCUCAGCUUCCCGGUGCACAAGCACGUGCUCCGGCGGGCCCUGCUGGGCGCCGAGGGGGAGAGGGACGGCGGCUGGGUGACGGUGAUGGCCGGGCCGGGCGGCGCCUUCUUCGACGCGGGGCUCCAGCCGGGGGCGGCCUACCGCUACGCCCUACAGGCGUGGAACGCGCUGGGGCACAGCGGCUCCGUGGAGGUGGACGUGGUAGCCUCGUCUGAGGACUGCGUGCCGGGCCGGACCUCUUGGUUUUGGUCGCCCGGCGGCGGCGGAGGGGGAGCGGGCGGGGCGGACAGCGCGGAGGCUUCGCUGGGCGGUCUGGUCGUCGCUACCGCUGUGUCCGUAGCGGUGGCCUUUUGCUUGCGAGCGCUGAGCGGCGGGGGGGGUGGUGGUGGCGGUAUUCAGAGGGGCGCGUCAGGAGAUGUUGUUGGCAGUAGGAGCGGUAGCGGGAGUUUUAGUGGUAGCAGUAGCGGCGGCAGCGGCAGCAGAAGGGAGUCGGAGAAGAUGAGACAGCAACCCGAGGCUGCGAUAACGGGCACGGCCCGAAGUUCAGCGGUGGCGGCGGCGGCGGUUUCCGAUCGGGACGGGGUUAAGGGCCGGGGAGGGGCGAGUUCGCCGACGUCGGUUCACAGCAACGGCAGCGGGUGGGGUGACAGAGAGAGGGCCGAGCCUCGCACGAAGAUGUUGGGCUCUGGUAGUACCAGGCCUGCGUCUUCGAGGCGAACGAAGGAGAGGUUGAGACGAGCCAGCAGCGACGUUUCUCCGCCGAGAGGAGGGGCGACGGCGGGGAAACCGGGCGGCGGUGGCGGCGGCGGCGGCGGCGGCCUGGGCAGGGCGGGUGUGAGCAGCGCGGCCAUCGGCGAUAGCGUGCGAAGGGAACGGGCGAAGAGGAUGAUGAUGUACGGGCACAGCUCCUCGAGGGACGACAAGGAUGUGUGCAAAGAGUGCGGCAAGGAGUGGAAAUGCCCAUUCAGACGGGCGCCGAAAGCGAGGGUGGCGAUGAAAUUCCCCACAAAGACUUGGGUAGCCCCCAAGGGUUGACUGCUGGAUGCAGCGCUAAGAGAUUGUUGCCAAUAUAUUGCCUGUACCUUCGCCCCGCCAUCUUCCCACCACAUCUCCCCCCCCCCGCGGGCUCUUUAUUCAGGUAUCGGAGGGGAAAACACACUUGUUGCAAGUGCCACGAGCAGUUCUGUGACCGCAAAGAAUGUGGUUCACGCUCCCAUGCUUUCGGGGCCUGUCCCGUGGGGGGCACGUGCAUGUGCAGCUCGUGCAUGCAGUUGGGGGGCCGACGAAGCUCUUCGCUCUCGGGGUCGAUGUCGUUCGAUCACUGAUGGUGGUUCAUACGUGAACGUGGCGGAGACGAAAGGGGAGCACACGCUGACACGUGUGCUGUGUUCUCUCUGGGGGGUGAGGAGAGAGGGGACAGGGGACGGCUUUGGCGAGCGACGACGAGCUGCAUGUGUGUGUGUGUUUCUUUUAUUUUUUUAGCGUCGACGGCGCUAACCGGCUGACCAAUAUAAAACAAAAGUCAGCCUUGGUACAAGCGGGCCAAGAAAAUGCGAAAGCGAUGUCUGGUCAACGGGGCGCCCUCGAUAUGUGUGUGUGUUUGUGCAUGCGUGCGUGCGUGGUCGAUGUUGUUUGGGUGCGUGUGGCCAAGUGUAGUUUGGUGUGGCGCAAGGUGUUGUCGGUGCGGGAACAGGAGAUAUAACGAGGGGGGGGUCUUUCUGGUGCGAAAUCAUCAACGUGGGUUUUCGUUUAUUUUGGCUCGCGUUCUAUGGGUCCACGGGACGGGAAGGGGGGGAGAGUGCGGAGGGAAUCGAGAGACGCACGUCUGCCAAGCAUCGUGAGGCAUGCAGACACGGGAACGAGAUUUUCUCUCCUGCGUUCAUUCAUCUAACCUCUCGUUUUUUACCCGAGUUCGCGGCUCUUGCCUCCAGCAGCUUUUGUAACAGUACUCAGUUUGUAAUUUGAUUACUUACCCUGUCUCCUUUGCGUAUAGGACCUACCCACUUUUGGUGCUGUUUU